UGACGCUGUGCAAGUAACGACUGUUAACCAUGUACGGAAGCGUUUUGGAGCGCGUUGCACUGCUUGCCAAAUUGUCAAGUCGUUAAGGAAACAAACGGCGUCGACAUUGCUCGGUUGUUGUGUUUGCUUGUUGUGAUCUGAAGGCGAAAGCUGGAACGGAGUAAGAAUUGAAGCUCACAUUAGCUUCGCCUUGGCGUAUGCGUCAUUGCGGCCAUGCCAGCGGAGCUUUUACCCAACAUGGAUCUGUUGUAUGGAGCGAGUGGGGAUGCUAUGCUGGUGCCAUCACAAGGGGAGCUGUUGCCUCCUUUAGUACAGGCGCCCCCGCUGAACCUCGUGGGCCUGCUGCCGGGCGCCGCUGCCGGGUACGGCACUAACGGCUCCGCUGCCGGCGUCAGCAGCGGCGCCACCGCUGCCGUACAUACGGCCUACCUGGCGGAGGAUACCGCGGCGGUGCUGGCGGGGGAGCUGCUGGCGGAGGCGGCGCACCCCCUGUUGACCCUCUUCCCCCGCGGCCCCGCCUGGCCCGACGUUUCCCUGCCCUCCGCCCUGCUUGAGCCCACCCCGCCGCCGCCGGGGGGCCCGGAGCACCAGGUGGGGUGGCAGCUGCUGGAUCUGAAUGCUGGUACGACAGCAGCAGCAGGAGGGCAUGGUGGUACGGCAGCAGGAGGGCCUGGUGGUACGACAGCGCACCCCGGCGGCGGUGUGGGUCGCAUUGACAGUCUAGCGCUGCAGCGGCGGCUGGCGGCGCGAGGCGGCGGCGGCGGGGGCGGGGCCGACUGGCGGGGGCUGUCCGUGUCGCUGCCGUACAUGCCCGGCGGCCAUGUUGCCGUACAGGGCCCCUCGGGUCCAGCCGCCGCGGAGGCGCUCAGCGGCCGCUGGCUGGCGCAGCUGGAGGCGGGACUGGGGGAGAUCCGGGCUGAGGGUGACCCGUGGGUCGGCGCUGCUGCUAACGACCCGCGGGUCGGUGGCGGUGAGGAGAGGCGGAGGAGAAGACCCGUGGGUCGGUGGCCGCGUGUUGCGGCUCCGGGUCUGGGCACCGGCUUGUUCGGCGGAUGGGCAGCGGCAGACGAGGAGGAGGAGGAUGAGGAGGAGGGGCUGCUCGUGGGGGAGGUGGCGGCUGCUGCGGGGUCGGGUCGGGCUACAGCCUCUCUCCUGCCCCCCCUCACCCUCACCACCCCUUCUGGAGAACGGAUCACCCCACUGGCGGAGGCGCUGUCGGCAGGGGCGGCGGCUGCUGCUGCCUCGGAGGCGGGCGCGGAGGGCGGUUUCGGAGCGACUGCCACGGGGGUUGGGAGCGGUACGGCAGUGCUGGGGGGCGGAGGAGGUGGCGUGACG